AUGAAAGCAUUGCAGUUUUGCGGCCCCCGCCAGGGACGGCAUUUCAGGGAGAAAAGGCUGGGGGCCACUUUAAGGACAGGGCCGAAAUCGUUUAGCACAAAGAGUGACUCCUUUGGCAGCGGCGAAAGGCUGUACAACUUCGGCUUCAAAAAGGUUACAGAAGAGAUAAAGUCCAAGCUGGUGCACAACCUAUUCAGCCACGUGUCCAACAGGUACGACCUGAUGAACGACCUGAUGAGUCUUCGCCUGCACCGCUGUUGGAAGGACCAGCUGGUGAAGGAGCUCGAUUUGUUUUUAAAAUACCACAGCUACAAAAUGCAGGAAGAAAUUUUAAGAAGCGAGGCCAAUUGGGGAAGGCAGCACGGGAAAGGGGGGGCGGCCUCAUGCGAAGAAACCCGCUUCGGUGACGGAAAAGUCCAAACGGGCGGCCAAACGGGCGGCCAAACGGACGGCCAAACGGGCAGCCAACCCGGCAGCCAAACCGGCGGCGCGGCGAGUGAAGCAGUAAACGAGGGAAGCGCCGCCAAUUUUUCCGCCUGCAAAAUAUUAGACCUAGCUGGAGGCACGGGAGAUAUAGCCUUUCGAAUAUUAAAAAGGUACAAGCACCAUUUGGAGAAGCUGCACCAGGGAAGCGAUUUCCAUGAAGGGGAAAACCAAGCCGAUGAAUUUUACGCAAAAUUCACCCCCGAAAUAAUCGUAGGCGAUGUGAAUGAAGACAUGAUGCAAGUGGGGAAGAAGCGAGCAAAGGAAAUGAAUUACAACAGGAACAUCAAAUGGGUAAUUCAAAACGCAGAGAAUUUAAAUUACUUUGAAGACAACUCCGUAGAUGUAGUGACCCUCUCCUUUGGCAUUCGGAAUUUUACUAACAUUCCCAAAUCGUUAAGAGAAAUCCAUCGCGUUUUGAAACCUGGGGGUAGAUUCUUAUGCUUAGAAUUUAGCCGAGUCAAUUGUGCCUUGAUUAAGCCUCUUUAUGAUGCCUAUUUAUUGAAAGUCAUUCCGCUGCUUGGAAAGGUUGUAGCAAGUAGCGAAAAUUCUUAUAAGUACCUGGCGGAGAGUAUCCAGACGUUUUUAUCUCCUGAGGAGUUGUCCCAGCUUAUGCACCAGAGCUCUUUUCGAAAUAUUUCCUACUCGACUAUGACCAUGGGCAUCGUCGCGGUGCACUCGGGUUACAAGAUUGGCUAG